AUGGGGCACCCGCCGCUGGAGUUCAGCGACUGCUACCUGGACAGCCCCGACUUCCGAGAGCGCCUCAAGUGCUACGAGCAGGAGCUGGAGCGGACCAACAAGUUCAUCAAGGAGGUGAUCAAGGACGGCAACGCGCUCAUCGCCGCCAUCCGCGGAUACUCCUCAGCAGUGCAGAAGUUCUCCCAGACUCUGCAGUCCUUCCAGUUCGACUUCAUUGGUGACACACUGACGGAUGAUGAGAUCAAUAUUGCCGAGUCCUUUAAGGAGUUUGCAGAGCUGCUGCAAGAAGUGGAGCUGGAGAGAUCCAUGAUGGUGCAGAAUGCAAGUGAUUUGCUGAUCAAACCUUUGGAAAACUUCCGGAAGGAGCAGAUAGGAUUCACCAAGGAAAGAAAGAAAAAGUUUGAGAAGGAUGGUGAGAAGUUUUACUCUAUGCUGGAUCGCCACUUGCAUUUGUCUUCCAAAAAGAAGGAAUCUCAGUUACAGGAGGCUGACCUUCAGGUGGACAAAGAAAGACACAAUUUCUUUGAGUCCUCCCUUGAGUAUGUGUACCAGAUCCAGGAAGUACAAGAAAGCAAGAAAUUCAGUAUUGUGGAGCCGGUGCUGGCAUUUCUCCACAGCCUCUUCACUUACAACAACCUGACAGUGGAGCUGACACAGGAUUUCCUCCCAUACAAGCAGCAGCUCCAGCUCAGCCUGCAGAAUACAAGGAAUCACUUUUCCAGCACACGGGAGGAGCUGGAAGAUCUGAAGAAGAGGAUGAAGGAAGCACCCCUGACCUGCAAGCUGCCUGGGCAGCCCACCAUCGAGGGCUACCUGUACACCCAGGAGAAAUGGGCCCUGGGCAUCUCCUGGGUGAAGUAUUACUGCCAGUAUGAAAAAGAGGCCAAAACCUUACGGAUGACACCCAUAGACCAGAAGCCUGGAGCUAAGCAGGGUACCUUGGACUUGACCCUGAAAUCCUGUGUAAGGAGAAAGACUGACUCCAUAGACAAAAGGUUUUGUUUUGACAUUGAAACUAAUGAAAGAUCCGGGACCAUCACGCUGCAGGCGCUGUCAGAAGCCAACCGAAGGCUGUGGAUGGAGGCCAUGGACGGGAAGGAGCCGAUUUAUCACAGUCCCAUCACGAAGCAGGAAGAAAUGGAGCUGAACGAGGUGGGCUUCAAGUUUGUCCGGAAGUGCAUCAAUGCAGUGGAGACCAAAGGAAUCACUACGGAGGGCGUGUACCGGACUGUUGGCAGCAAUAUCCAGGUGCAGAAGUUACUGAAUGCCUUUUUUGAUCCAAAAUGCCCUGGGGAUGUGGAUCUCCAGAGUGGAGACUGGGACAUCAAGACCAUUACCAGCUCACUGAAGUUCUAUCUCAGGAACCUGUCUGAACCCGUCAUGACGUACAAGCUCCACAAAGAGCUGGUCCUGGCUGCCAAGUCCGAGAACCUGGAUUACAGGCUGGGAGCCAUUCAUGCACUGGUCUAUAAACUGCCUGACAAGAAUAGGGAGAUGUUAGAACUCCUCAUCCAGCACCUUGUCAACGUGUGCGAGCACAGCCGGGAGAAUCUGAUGUCACCGUCCAACAUGGGGGUGAUCUUCGGGCCCACCCUCAUGCGAGCACAGGAGGACACCGUGGCAGCCAUGAUGAACAUCAAGUUCCAAAACAUCGUGGUCGAGAUCCUGAUCGAGCACUUUGGGAAGAUCUACUCUGGCCCCCCAGAAGACACCACAGCCCCCCCAGUGCCCCCACCCAGGGUGGCUGCCCGGCGGCACAAGCCCAUCACCAUCUCCAAGCGUCCCCUGAGGGAAAGACCUGUCUUCUUCAAUGCCUCUCUGGAGGAGAGUGGAGCAGAGAGGCUCAGCCAGACCCCCAACGGCGGCGGCGUGGAGGCCCCCAAGCCCCUGCACCGCAGCCGCCUGCCCGCGCCCCGGCCGGGCGGGGACGAGCCGGGCCGUCCCCCUGCCGAGAGCCGGCCCCAGCCCCGUGCCGAGCCCGAGCUGGGCAAGCUGGGGAAAGGGCUCCAGGAUGGAGGGGCCAAGCCACCUGGCAGGGCAGCCAACGGCGUGGUGACCAGCCCUGCCUUGAGGACCGCUACACUGCAGGCCAGGAGGCCAGCACCCCGGCCGGGCAUCUGUGGCAGAGAGGGUGACUGUGAUGGUGUCCCUAAGCCACGUUCCCAUGGUGAUAAGCCUGUGAUAACACGUCCCCCUGUGAGACCUCCGGAUCCACCGUGCCGGACUCCCAUCCCUCCAAAGCUGGAACAGAGGCCAGAUCUGAUAGCAGGGACAGCAGAGGAGAUGCCCUCAUCUGUGGUGGCCUCUAGGACCAAGUUCUUUGAGACAGCGUCCCGAAGAACAGGCAGUUCUUCAUCACCACAAGGCAGGAUCCCAAGUGAUGAGAGCUGAGGCUAAAGGUUUUGUAAGCACACCUCAGCCCAGCUGGACCCAGGAGACUUUCUGUGCUUGUGACCCAGGAGUCAGAGCUGAGCCUUGCCAGCCCCAGUGCCCUGGAGAGCAGCUAUCUUACUGGACGAUGAUUUCCAAGCCACAAGUGGCUCAAGAAAUUAGGAGAGGGGGACCACGAUGGAGAGCAGGUCCUGCCCACACAUCUGUGUUGAACUGUUCCCUGCCCUCCCACCUCUCCUCCCUCUCCUCUCCUGUGUGUGCCAUGCAGGUGAUGGCAGCAUGGGGAGGCCUGGGGGACACAGACCGUCUGUGGAAGGGACAGUGGAGCCCCUGUUCACCUGCACACUUUUGGGAAACACACCUUGAAAAGGGUGUUUGUACAGCACAAGGGCUGAGUCCCUCUGUUUGGAUGCAAGGGCAAAACAGCUGCAGUCCCCCCUUGCCCUGCUUGCCCUGAGAAGCCCCUUCCUUUGUGCUUGUGUCCCUCACUUGGUGAGUGUCAUUGUGUGGGACUGCUGUGCCUGCCAACACUGCCCAUCAUGACAAAAGAUGGGCAGGGAUGGAGCAAUCACUGUGCCCAGCUCUGUGGGAUGUCUCCUCAUCUCCUCCUGGACAUCCCUGGCAUGGGACACUACACUGACAGACAGGCUUGGCCAGGGGCUUGGCCUGAGCCAUGGCCACAGCCUUGCCUGGGAUCAGCUCUCAGGCAGCACCCUCGGGUCAGCAGCCUCCAAGGGUGCAGCUGAGGGAAGGGGGCAGCAGGUGCUCCUCCUCUUCCUCCACUGCCUCCUCUUCCAUGACCCACACUUCCACCAGAUCCACUUCUCAGAGGCCCACCAAGAAGUCUCCAUCCUGGGUGAUUGUGGUGGCCAGCACAGAGGUGCUGAGGAUCUGACACUCACUGUUUGUGGG